ACACGAUCUGCCGUGUCUCUGCUCACUCACGCCCUUUGAGGUCUGGAUGGUCACUCCCUCCCUCACUCACUGGUUGCUGGCCAACAUGAUCGCUUCUCGGUAUCUGCGUUUUGUUCUCCUCACGGUGCCGGUAGGGUGUUUCUUAUUUCUCCUCUCGCAGAACUGGAAUGUACUGCCCCGGUUAUUCAGUCCCAGUACGCCGGAUGCCACGUUAGGGCUAUUCGAGGUGCCUGCGCCACCCCAGAGCAGCAGCAGCAGCAGCAGCAGUAGCAGCAACCACAAACCCACUACUCUCUCUACCACCCCCCUUGACCCGGGAGUCGACACCACCAACACCAACACCGCCAUCCCCGGCAUCACCGACAAAGUCUGGCACUCGGCCCAAACCCCCAUCCUGAGCUCCGACCAGACCGACUGGAUCCACAGCUGGCUCCUCAAGAACCCCUCCUUCCGCCAUGAGCUCCUCACCGACGACUCCGCGCUGACCUUCGUGCGCACCCGCUACGGCGCCACCCGCCCCGACAUCGUCGAGGUCUACGAGAAGCUGCCCAUCCCGAUCCUCCGCGCCGACCUCCUACGCUACCUGAUCGUGCUGGCCGAGGGGGGCAUCUGGAGCGACCUGGACGUGACCUGCGACACGGCGGUCCGCCACUGGGUGCCGGCGGAGCACCAGCACGCGCGCAUCGACAUGAUCGUCGGCCUGGAGUUCGACCUCGGGUGGCGCGGCGAGGGGAUGGAGGUCGCCUCGCAGUUCUGCAACUGGGUGUUUGCCGCGCGCCCGGGCUCCCGCAAUCUGGCGGCCGUGGUGGACGCGGUGGUCGCCCAGCUGAACGCGAUGUCGGCGCGCAAUGGGGUCGGGGUGGAGUCGUUGACGCUCGAUAUGCUGCCCAUGGAUGUGGUGAACGUGACGGGCCCGAAGAUCAUGACGAUUGCCCUGCUGGAUGGGCUGCGGAGGGUGCUGGGGCGGGCGGUCGAUGAUCGGGAUUUUCAUGCCAUCAAAGCCCCGACCCUCGUGGGGGAUUUGUUAAUUAUGCCGGGCAAUGCCUUUGCGGCGGCGCAGAAUGGCUUUCCGACCGACCAGAGUCCCGUCUUGGUGAGCCAUCAUUAUGCGGGCUCGUGGAAGCAGGCGGAUGCGGAGGCGAAGGAAAGGAAGAAGUUGCAGCAGGAGCAGCAACAGCAACAGCAACAGCAACAGCAAUAGUGAUUGGUUUUGUAUGUGUAUAUGACGAAUCUAAUUUUCCGG